AUGUCUGACUUGGAGUGUGAAACCACCGACGUGGUGAUCUGUGGCUGCGGGCCGACAGGCGCCAUGCUCUCGGCGUAUUUGGGGCAGAUGGGCGUGCCAAAUAUUGUCUUGGAGAAAGGAACAGAAAUCACGACAGAUCCUCGCGGUAUCGCUCUGGAUGAAGAUGGAAUCCGCCUGCUCCAGGGACUCGGCCUGUAUUCCUCCGUGUAUUCGGAGAUUGGAACCUCGAUGUAUAAGUUUCGAUUUAUUGGAGGAACCGAGCCUGUUCUGGAUAAGAAAGCUUUUAUCGAGAUGGACUACGGGACGACUGAAGGUGGCACCGGUCAUGUCGGCUUCAUCUGCCACAAGCAGCCUGCUCUGGAGCGAUGCCUACGUGAUGCCAUGGCAGUUUCCAAAUUAUCUGAGCUGCGAUCGGGCUGUGAAAUCACCGGUCUCUCGGAAGACGAGAAAGGCACUGUUUGCGAGUACAAAGACAUAAAUGGCGGAAUCCGCCACAUCAGAUCGCGUUUUUUUAUUGGUGCGGAUGGCAAGACUGGGUUCACCAGGAAGCAAUAUCUCGAGCCGAAAGGGAUUCUUAUGGAGCAGGCUCACCGAGCAUUCUACGAAGAGACAUGGGUAGCUCUUAACUGGGAAAUAAGUCUUCCUAACGAGAAAACCCACCCUGAGUUCCCGUUAUGGAAGCUAGGUUAUACACCCGAGCAGAUCUACGAUCUUUUCUUCCCCUGCAACUUUCGGUUCAUCUGCAAUCCCGAUAGACCAGCCGUAUGCGGACGCUUUGGGCUACCUUCAGAUCGGUUAUGGCGAUUCGAGUUCGUCAUUGACAAGGGAGAAGACGGACACGAAAUGUCAAAGUCGGAGGCGAUCAAGAAAGUCGUCUUCCCGUACAUCACGCACGCAGGGACUCGAUAUGGACUUACGGCAGAUGUGAUGUUCCCUGAAGACUGUAUCAAAGUUCUUCGUUCUCGACCAUUCAAUUUCUCGGCUCGAAGCUGUAACAGAUGGUCGCACGGUCGAGUAGUAUUGUGUGGCGAUGCUGCACACGUCUUUCCUCCAUUUGGAGGUCAAGGCAUUGCAUCAGGAUUUCGAGAUGCCGUCUCGUUAGCAUGGCGUCUCGCUCUCCUCUGUCGAAACCAAAAUCAAAGCCCCAGAUUCCACGAAACCAUUCUGGCAGCAUGGUAUACUGAACGGAAGCAGCAACUUGAGAAAUCGCUGGCGAGUACCAUCGUGAACGGGGAAUUUGUCACAGAGAGAAAUCCGCUGAAGAUAUUUGCGCGCAAUAUCUAUCUCUGGCUAAUACAGCUCAUUCCAGCAUGGCGUCAUGAGCUAUCUCUCGGGCGUCGGAAGGAGGGAAUGGUGCGAUACGAGUAUUCCAAUGGGCUGCCCUUUCUUCCGGAGUACAAUGGUGGUCUAUGUCUUCCACAAAUAUACUGUAAAGACAUUGGCAGGCCCGAUGGAGAAGUUCUUUUCACCGAUGAUGUGAUAUUCGGAAGGGAGAAGAAGGGCCUGUUCCAGAUUUUGGUCUAUAUCAAAACCACAGAUCAACUACCAUCCUCAAGAGAGAUUGUUGCUGAUGUUGAUGACAUGUCCAAAGGUGAAAUCCGAGCGUCUGAGGCAACGUUCUUGAUAGAGGGAAUGGACAAUGAGAAGUGCAUUAAAGGAGAAAAUGUCUAUCGUCUUGCCACUGGCGAGGAGUUUGCCAGAUCUCUUUUGUGUGAUAGGCGACCGGCGCCUAAAUUCUACGACCUCUUUUACCUUGCGAAGGAGUUGAAGGGCAUGCGAUUCGUUAUCGUGAGGCAGGAUCGGUUUAUCUUCGCUGCAUGUGAUACCAAGGAGGACUUAAGGUCUGCGAUUGGCAAGUUGCUUGUAAAUAUUGAAGUAUAG